CAGUCAGUCUGUCAGUCAGUCGCAGGCAGCCGGCAUGUGAAAGAAUGCAGAGCGGGGGUGGGGCUGUUUCUCGGAGCAUCUACAUUCCAAACGCUCCAUUGCCGGUAGAGAUCAUUCUUAGCCUGAAGACAAAGAGAGAAGCCCACGCUGGUGACUUGGUUGGGACUCCGGAUCCACCGCCCUAAAUCAAUUACAAUUUCAUUUGGUUAGGCUGCUCCAUGUUUCCACUAUACUCAAACUGGACAGUGUUCCUUCUCUACCCAAUGGAGAGCACUUACCGGAUUUGACUUAACUCUUCAUCUCUCUUCCUCUACUCAUCCACCGACGGUUGAUCUGUUCUCAGUGUAACGCUCGCUGUGCACCUGCGCUUGGGAGAAGGGCGUGGAGAUACACACGAAAGGUACUCGUACGCGGCCAGGCUGAGUGAACAGGGGAGUUGGCCCGGUUCUUCCGCGCGCAUGGAGGGAGACGUUAUGGACAAGCUAGAUAGCAUGGCUGCGGUGUGUGACUUCGAUCCCAUUGCGGGAAGCGUCCCGGCCACCAAAGUGGAGAUCACAGUGUCAUGCAGGAAUCUAUUAGACAGAGACACAUUCUCCAAAUCUGAUCCAUUGGUGGUGUUGUACACUCAGGGCGUGGAGACCAAACAGUGGAGAGAGUUUGGGAGAACGGAGGUGAUUGACAACACUCUAAACCCAGACUUUGUCAGGAAGUACAUCCUGGACUACUUCUUUGAGGAGAAGCAGAAUCUACGCUUUGACGUAUACGACAUCGAUUCCAAAAGUCCAGAUCUGGCGAAGCAUCCCUCCGACAUUGACCAGGACUUCUUGGGGCAGGUGUUCUGUACUCUGGGAGAGAUCGUAGGAUCCCCCGCCAGUCGACUGGAGAAACCCCUGGGUGGUAUCCCUGGGAAGAAAUGUGGCACCAUCAUCCUUUCAGUCGAGGAGCUGGGGAACUGCAGAGAAGUUGCCACCAUGCAGUUCUGUGCCCACAAGCUGGACAGGAAAGACUUCUUUGGGAAGUCGGACCCCUUCCUGGUCUUCUACCGGAGUAACGAGGAUGGAACGUUUACUAUCUGCCACAAGACGGAGGUUGUGAAGAACACUCUAAACCCAGUGUGGCAGGCCAUCGCCAUUCCUGUCAGAGCACUGUGCAACGGAGACUUCGAUAGGACGAUCAAGGCAGAGGUGUACGACUGGGACAGAGAUGGCAGCCAUGACUUCAUCGGUGAAUUCACCACCAGCUACCGAGACCUGUCCCGAGGCCAGAGCCAGUUUAAUGUGUACGAGGUGGUGAAUGCCAAGAAGAAGAUCAAGAAGAAGAGAUACAUCAAUUCUGGGACGGUGACCAUGCUGUCGUUCGCGGUGGAGUCAGAACACACAUUCCUCGACUACAUUAAAGGAGGAACUCAGAUUCACUUCACGGUGGCCAUUGAUUUCACAGCAUCCAAUGGUAACCCGUCCCAGUCCACCUCCCUCCACUACAUGAACCCGUACCAGAUGAAUGCAUACGCCAUGGCCCUGAAGGCUGUAGGAGAGAUCAUUCAGGACUAUGACAGUGACAAGAUGUUCCCUGCUCUGGGCUUCGGAGCCAAGCUGCCCCCCGAUGGACAUGUAUCCCACGAGUUCCCCUUGAAUGGCAACAUAGAGAACCCUUACUGCAACGGAAUGGAGGGGAUUCUAGAAGCAUACCAUCAGAGUCUGAAGACUGUACAACUCUACGGACCCACCAACUUCUCUCCGGUUGUCAACCACGUGGCAAAAUACGCAGCGGCCGUACAGGACGGCUCUCAGUACUUUGUCCUGCUCAUCAUCACAGACGGAGUCAUAUCAGACAUGGCCCAGACCAAGGAGGCCAUCGUCAAUGCUGCUAAGAUUCCUAUGUCUAUCAUCAUUGUUGGAGUUGGACACGCUGAGUUCGAUGCCAUGGUGGAGUUGGACGGUGAUGACAUCAGAAUCUCCUCGCGAGGGAAGCUAGCAGAAAGAGACAUUGUACAGUUUGUCCCGUUCAGAGACUACAUGGACCGGACAGGAAACCACGUGUUGAGUAUGGCCCGGCUAGCCAAAGACGUCCUAGCUGAGAUCCCUGAACAGCUCAUCCUCUACAUGAAGAAUAGAGGUAUCAAACCCUGUCCCCUGCCUCCACCCAAUGAGGAACCAGGCCCAGAGGACCAGGACCACACCCACCCCUAUCUGAGCCCCACCCCCACUCCCAUCUGAGGCUCCAACCCUGGGGAAGUAGUUUCAGGGUAGGGUGGGUGGUAGCCUGGAUGGUGCACCCCCUCAUGGAGAAAUGAAAUGUGGAAAUGCUUCAAGGCACAUUUUUCUCCAUCUUUACAUAUUCGUCUGGUUGUCGUGCUGAACAAAUAGCACUCUAUUUUCUUUGGAACGAGACUUCAGAAAGACUGCUUUGAGCAACAAAAAAAAAAAAAGCUGAAGAUCGGGGAGUUUUACUUUUGAAUUUCAACGCCUGAUUGGGAGGGUGGAAAGGGGGAUAAGGAAGAGAGGAGGAGAAGAAGAGAAGAGAAAUGUAAAGGAAUGUUAGGCGUUAGAUGUCAAAGUGGUGACGUAAUGGGUAGUAUACCCUGAGGUAGAGAGGGAGGUUUUUUGAGGUCAUUAUUUAUUAGAACGUGCCAGUCAUGUUUGUCCAUAUGAUACCUUUUAGAGUGGUUGUGUAUGUGGGACUAAGAAAUCAUCUGUAUAAUGAUUUAUUUAUUGUAAAAACUACAGUAUUUAUUCGUGGGGAUGGGGAUCCUCAUAUUUUCCCAUACCAAUUGUUGGGGUGAUCAAUGCUAUAAAUAAUUGUUUAUUUCCACUUCAAAUAGUACUGUAAUAUAAAGCAUGUUUAUAAUUAGAUAAUGUCCAGCUGUUUAGGAAUAGUUAGGAACGAUGAAGAUGAGUUAUUUGACACGUUUGACUGUAACAGUUAUUCAGAGGACCAGCUGUUUGUGUGACAGUUUACUUUCAUGCAUCUUAAACACGACUUACUUACCCUACACAUAUUCGAUGUGUAUCAAUAAAAUGCACUGUAACAGGCCAAAUAAAAAGCACAAAUAUCAUA